CCCUUCUUCCACUUUUUUGUUUUUCAACGGUGAAUUGCGGUAGGACCUUUUGACGAUUAUUGCAUUCUCGUCGUUCAUUCAUUUUUCGGGGAGUUUGGUACUUGCUGAAUUGGAUUGUUGGAUUCGCUCAUUUUAUCCAACAUCCGUUCGUUCUUUGGCUGCUACACUACGCUGCGCACACUAUCGUCGUACUAGGUAUUUGAAUACCAGUACUUUACAGCUUCUACAGCAGAGAAACAUACAAACACACGGAUUGUUUAAAAUGAUAACAUCGUUGCAUUCAUCUCUACCUUUCAUCCUAAAUCUCUUCCUGCUCCUCCUCCUCACAGGGCAAACAACCGCCCAUCCGACGGAGCGAAUUGGGCCGGAUACAAGGAUACCAACGGCACUACACCCUUCCCCUACGGUUCGGGCUCCGGACUUUGCUAACGAACUGUAGAUACCCCUGGAGCUCCUCCGCCGAGACCUACAAACCUCAAUAUCCAACUUCUUCACAACCCCAACUAUAAUUGCCCUCUCAGCGGGAGGCUUCUCGUUUCUGUUAAUAAUAACCCUCCUUUGCAUUUGCUGCCACCGGAAGCGCAAGCAAGGCCGACGAAUCCUCGCCGCGUACGAGGCCCCGGACAGGACACCAUAUGAAUCAAUCCGGCUGCGGGGGAGGGAGUCCGUCGGUACUGCUUCCCCAUCCGCCGCCACGGCCGCUUCCCCAUCAACGACGGAGGUCUUGGAUGUUCGAAAGGACGGUUUGCAAGUACACGUUAGCGCAGUAACGGUGCCAGAGGGGGGAUACUCACCCAGGAGUAGCAGUUUAGGAGUGAGGGGAGGACAGGGGGUUAGCGUUCCUGGAAGAGCCCUUGUCAGGGGAAAUGGAGAGUGGGAGAGAGAAGCUGCAUUCAUCCCCCCGCCCGCUUCACCGUUCACACCUAGGCCUACACCACCACCUCCUUUCAUGCCCUACUCACCUUCAACUACUCCAGUAUCACCGGCUCCUCCGUAUGGGCCGCCCCCACAAUGGCCUGUUGCCAGACCUUACGGGCAUGGUGGGGGAGGGGUUAUUGGCGGGGCGAUGUAGUUUGCGAUGUGAUUUUUGACGGAUGGGUGCAUGGGGUUUAUCAUGGGUCUAUGACUUGCGGUUCGGACAUUGCCUUUGCUCUGUUUAUUUGCAGGACACACAUAGGAAGCGAGGGGGCUGGAUUAUUUCCUUUAAUUCUCUUCGUUCACUAUCUUGGCUUACUGAUUGGAUUAUGACUUGAUCUAUUGAAGAGACAAAUCGGGGGAAGGAGGGGGAUAUCAUAAAUAAAACAUUAAAACCGGAGUUUUUCACAUUUUUAUUCCUUUUGCUUCAACUCUUUUCCUUUCCUUUUCUCCUCUAUUUUCUCUUAUUCUGGGCUUGCAUGCGAAAGGGGGCUAUCUCGCACUAUUCUCACGUUUCUCACUAAACUUAACUUUUAACUGUUUAUGUUGUUUUCAACUGUUGGUACUUUUUUCCUUUCUUUCCUUUCUCUUUUUUUUUCUCCCCAGAGCCUUUUUACACUACGGCCCUGUUCGGCACUCACUAUGCCAACUUAGGAGACGGGGGGGGGGACUGAUAAGAUGCCCGCCGGAAUAAAGACGGGGACAGGAUACCCGUCACCCGUCAGCAGGGAAGUUAAGCAAUCCCGAGUGACAUUGGGCAACUUCCUCGGUUUCUCUCCCCUUUCCCUCACUACUUGAAUCAUAUGGCACUGCACCGUACUGUGCAGUACAUCGAUUUGUAUAAGUAGCAUAAACUCAAGACUUUAGCUAGCACAAGACAUAUAUCUCA